AUGUCUGUCGAUGGAAACGUGGAGAGGAACCAAAGCUAUAAAUCCUCCUCCUCCUUCCUCUACCAUUCUCAUGUCCUAUUAGAACUUCAGAAGAAGGGAAACAUGAAAGAUGGUGGUAGGAAGCAGGGUGCACCCUCACCCUGUGCUGCAUGCAAACUCCUUCGGAGAAGGUGUGCUCAGGAUUGUGUUUUUGCUCCUUAUUUUCCUGCUGAUGAACCCCACAAGUUUGCAAAUGUCCACAGAGUCUUUGGUGCCAGCAAUGUCAACAAGAUGCUUCAGGUUCACACAUAUCUAAGUCCAUGGAUUAAACAUUUCGGUUUUCAGAAACAAGAAUAUGGAUCUGGUGGUAGAUGUGACUCUAAUUUUCCUCAGAUUUAUUCGAUGAUUAAAUUACAUAAGACCCAAUUGGCUGUGGCUCAAGCUGAAGCUGUGCACCUCAGAGUGCGCCAGAGUGCAUCCCUCUACAGCCCCACUAGCCCUACCAACAGUGCCUCUCCAUCAUCCAAGAUCAUUCACUCACAAUCCAAGCCCAUUUUUGACAUGGAGAUGGACAUGAUAUGCCAAGAAUUUCAUGAAUUCCGAUUGCAGCAGCCCUCUGCACCGUUAGAUGCAUAA